AUGGCCAGUGAAAUCGAUAUCUACAACCAAUACCCAUUGUAUAUGGACCCAGCCACCAAAGCUCUCUCACUCCCACCCUCAUCCGCCCAAACACCCUCCCAAACAGCCGCAAUCAACGCCGAACUGGAAGAACUGAACCAACUACACCGCGCCCUAAUCAGUCUCGACCCACCCAACAUCCCCCCGGCGCCUCUCCCCGUAAACCCCAAGCGCAGCGCACAGAUCUCCAAACUCCGCGACAGCGCCAACACCGCCCACCGCAAAUCCAACUACGAAGAGGCAAUUAAGCUGUACUCGUACGCCAUCGACAUGGGACUCAGCCGACCGGGCUGGGAGCCUAUUGGCGUUGCACGCGAGGAGUUGUCUGGUCUUUAUGCGAACCGCGCGCAGGCACACAUGGCGUUGCAGGCUUGGCCUGAUGCGUUGGUCGAUGCUAAGGCGAGUGUUGACUCGAAGCCUGUUGGGAAUGUUAAGGCUUGGUGGCGUAUUGCUAAGUGUCUUGCGGAGAUGAGUCGCUAUGAGGAGGCGCGCAGGUUCUUGCAUAAGGCGCUGGAUAUUGAAGGGAAGGAUUCUGAGGGUGGGAAGGAGCUGUUUGCGUUGCUUGGGGAGGUUGAUAGGGCUUUGUUGCGGGGAUUGUCAGCUUAA